AUGUUGCUGCGCUGCUCAGUCUAGAUUGUACUUUGCGAGUUAUACCUUGAAAAGCAUACGGGCUGAGCAUCGUUCCUUGUCUUGCUGGUUCACGUCCUUUCAGUUCUAAGCGAUGAUGAUGAAGCAUAUGAUUGAUGAUACCAGCAGUGGAGGCUCCAUUCCCGGUCUCUUGCAUUUUGGUUACCCUCGUCUGUCCGAUGUACUCGUGCUUCAUGCUUUCUUUUGUUCUUCACUCUUGCUGUUCUGCAGACCGACGCAGUACCAGGUUUAUCGAAGACAAUGAUGUUUAUCAUGCGUGUGUUGAUUAUAGUGAUGUCUCCUUCGGCGUUGUUUCUGUCUAUCAUAUAUAUCUCUGGCUCGCGUGCACUUUGCUAUCUGUAUGUCUUGGUGAUACCGUGAUUUUUUCCAUCUCCUUUCAGUUGAGUCUACGAGGGGAUGAAGAAUACCAGGGUCUGGCGUUUUGGAUGAUUUAGAGAUUUAUAUCACGGUGCAAGAAUUCAGUUUUCAA